GCAAGGAAGCAUGCACCCACUCGCCCGACCCUUUCAAAUCUCCGCCAUUUCAAAGCUGGCAGCCCCAUCCAUUUCUCCUCUCCUGCUCCGAUCUUUCGCGCAGCCCUUCUCUACCUCCGGCUCUCUUCGCUGUGCUUCUUCGAGCUCAGAAGGCGAUGCCAUCUCCGCAACCGAGCCCGUCAAUCACGUUAACUUCUCUACGAAGGGUUCCUUGAAAUCUGGACUAUAUAUUGUCGCAACACCCAUUGGUAAUCUUGAGGAUAUCACAUUGCGUGCACUGCGCAUCCUUAAAUCUGCAGAUGUGAUACUCUCAGAAGAUACAAGGCUCCAACACUACAAUAUUGAUACCCCUCUUUUUAGUUACCACAAAUUCAAUGAAUCUCAACGUGAAAAAACAAUUUUAAGGAGACUCCGAGAAGGACAAGCCCUUGCAUUAAUUAGUGACGCUGGGACUCCACUCGUCAGUGAUCCUGGCUUGGAACUCGUAAAGUCGUGUAAUCGUGAGAACAUUGCUGUUUAUCCUAUUCCUGGACCUUCAGCACUGGUUGCUGCUCUUUCUACUUGUGGGCUUUCAACUAAUGAAUUCACAUUUGUUGGAUUCCUUCCUAAGCAUGGUGGCUCAAGAAGAUCAAGGCUUCUGAUUGCUGCCAAUCAAGCGGCUACACAAAUAUUUUUUGUUCCUCCUCACAAGAUUUUGCAAUUCCUUACCGAAACUUCUUUGAUCUUUGGCGAAUCAAGGUUAUGUGUCAUUGCUAGGGAAAUGACAAAGCUCCAUGAAGAGUUCUGGCGAGGUACUCUAGGAGAAGCAGCUAUGGUGUUUUCAAGUAGACAACCUAAAGGAGAAAUUACGCUCUUGAUAGAAGGUAGGGCAGAUUCUCCUGUUAAAGCUCCAUCUGAGGAUGAACUCGAGCAUGAACUGAGAGAUUUGGUAUUGAAGGGCCACAGUAUUUCUACGUCAGUGAAAAUUGUUGCAGAGGGAACAUCAGCGAAUAGAAAAGAAGUAUAUGCCCUUGCAUUAAGAUUGUUCCGAAAACAUGAUGAAACUGAGGAAUCUUCUAAUAGUUAACACUCUGUCUUUGAACCAACUUCAAUGUCUUUUCUCAUCAAAUCAAAGCUGCAGUGGGCCCGAGGAAAACAAUUACAUGGGCAAGCAAGUUUGAAAGGUAGUCAUGUCACCCUUGACUGAUCAAAGAAAUCUUCGAUAUCAUAAGCUGUUAUGUUUACAUGACAGGUAAAAAUGAAAUUUGAAUUGUAUGAUACUGAAACUCAUUGUUAUGCUCCAUAAAAUGUUAA